UUCCUUCAGCAGACGCGGGAGAGGCGUGCGAUGAUGCUGCGGUCGCGGACAUGUUGAGGGGGCUUCCGCAGCUGAGUGCAGCACAGGCCGCUAGGAUGCACGACGCGGUGCAGUCAGCGUGCAUCUCAGCAUGUCGGCAGCGGUCCGCUGAGCACGGACGAGACUCACUCACACGGGGGCAGCACAGGGCGAUGAUGAGUGCCAUCACCAUGGAGACGCUGCGAGCCUUCCUUCCUCAGCUUCCCCUAACGAUGCUCCACGACACACUCCCUAACGAGAAAGUUUCCAGCGCAGCAGCCAGCACGGAUCCUGGAGAUUGGCCAGAGAGAGCAUGGUUGAGACACCGUGAGAAACAGAGGGAAACCCUGGAGCGGUAUGCCUCUGAAGAUAGUCUGAUGUGUGCUCCACCGCCGCCCGUGCAACAGGAUGUCGAAUUCGACAUAUUGGCAAAUCUCGGCCUGUUCACUGAAGAGGGUGCCGGUGUCUCUGAUGCAUGCUCUCCGCUAAAAUUGAAACGAAGACAGGUGACAGGUUUGUUGCAAGCGAAGGCGUUAACGUGGGACAAGCGAACAGCAGAAUGGCCGGACUGCCUGGACUGUCACUCGCACAAUGUGUUCUAUAAUAGGGGCAGACGUACAGAGAAGUACGAGCAGCGUAUAGCGGACACCGCGUUACGCAGCGUGCAGGGGGAGACGGCAACCACGCAGCCGAGUCUGCAGCGACCAGCACGCCGCACCGCCAGCCAGCGCCAUCUAUCGAGCAACGCAGUCGCGAUCUCACGCACGAAACACAAUAGGCAGACGCACAGCAUCCACGAUGAUUGGCAGGCUUUGCUGCGUUUAUAUCUGGAAUGUUCUGCGCAGGCAGUGCCAGUUGCUGACACAGACUCUGCAAUAGUCAGUGUCAAUCCUAGGACCAAUAUACCGCUUGUGCGUUGCGAGCUUGCCUUCAAUCCGCUUGUAUCCCGAGUGUCCAAAAUGACCAAGCAAUUGAAGCACUUGCUAGAUGACAGACUCUCAGGAGAUGACUACUCUGGAACCAUAUAG